CGAUGGGCAGCCAGAAGCAUGGUCCGUCCCGUCCGAUCCUCUCGGCAGCUGUUCAAGCGUCGCCGCCGAAGCCGCGCCGGGUCACCGAGUACAACGUCGAUGACUCGAGCAGCACGACGCAGCGCAAGGCCCGCAACGUCCUCGACUCGAACUCGGACGUCGACAAGCCUGCGACCGAAGUCGACUCGGAAGAAGAAAAGCCAGCGUCCCGGCUUUGGCCAGUCUUGCGGGGGCCCAUUCAACGGCACUGGGCCAUACCCAAGAAGAAGAAGGAAAAGAUGGCCAUGCGCUUCAAGCCCGAUGAUGACGAGGCUCUUGCUGCAGCGUCAGCCGAGGCUCUUGUUGCAGCGUCAGCCGAGUCCGACGCUGCAAUGUCCCGCGACCGCUACGAGUGGUUUUGCAUCUACAUGGACUACUUGGAGAAGUGCAUUAUGAAACCGACGUUCCAAGCCAACAACCGCGACGAGGUCUUUCUCGAGGCCGAGAAGCAGGUGGAGCGGGCGCUGCGCCAGCGGCGAGACAGCGUCCGGGGCUUCCACGCGUGGUCGGACAAGCUCGUCGACGCGCUGGAGCACUGCCCAAGAAUGCGCUACGUUGCUGAGAAGAGCUCCUCCAGCUGCGAAGCUUGCAACCACGCGCAGUGCAUCGCGUCGAUGGCGGUUCGCUUCUCGGGCUUCCGCGUAGGCGUCUCCGAGUACUACAAGCAGGGCUGGUCCACCCACCUCCUAGUGUGGCGGAAGGAGCCACAGAUGCACAUAGUUGUCUUCUUGCUUUGCGAAGUAUGCUUCGAGCGGGUUAUUCUCUACUGGUUCCUCCAUCAAUCCAAGUUUCAGUGGUGCGAGACCGUCUUGGACAUGAUCUUCACUGCCGACGAGAACAAGCCGUCGGAAGACGCUCGCAAAGAGCUGCAUGCCGACAUGUUUCGGAAGCUAAUGGAGAUCGAGCGCCUUGCCGACGAGUUUGUCAAGCGCGACCAGCAGAGUAAAAGCCAGACGAUCCGCAACGUGCAGGAGAGCGCAUCCCAAGCGAGCGACUGGAGCAUCGAGUCGCGCCCAGGUCACAGUAGCCCCUCUGCCGCGCCCAGUGGCGCCCGCCAAGUGCGCGAGACCAGUGACGACGACAACGAUGACUUGCUCGUCGAGAAGUCGGGUGCGUACUCUGAGUCCCGUCUUGACGCGCCGCUGGCCGAGACGACGUCCAUGGACUCGAAAAAGCGGCGCAAGCGUGAAGAGCAAGGCCCGACCAAGCGCCACAAGGUCGUCGAUGAAGCGUCCGCGGUGCAUGUGAUGGCCAAAAUGAGCUUCAAGCAGCCGAGUUUGCUCACGGGCGGGACGCUGCGCUCACACCAGCUCGAGGGUAUCCAGUGGAUGUGCAAUCUCUACAAGGACCGUCGCAACGGCAUCCUCGCCGACGAAAUGGGCCUUGGCAAGACGGUCCAGGUCAUUGGCAUGAUUGCGCAGCUCAAGGCCCAAGGCGUGGCCGGGCUGUUUUUGAUUGUCGCGCCGCUCUCGACGCUCACCAACUGGGAGCGCGAGUUCAAGCGCUUUGCGCCGUCGAUCAAGUGCUGGUUGUACCAUGGCUCCACCACGCGCCUCACGAUGCGCAAGGAAGCAAAGCCUCCAUUUCUCGUCAUGAUCACGUCGUACGAAGUCAUCAAGGCUGACGCGGCCUCGUUGACGACGCUCGGUCACGUCUGGGAGUACGUCAUCGUUGACGAGGCCCAUUGCCUCAAGAGCGCGGACAACAAGCUCAUGGUCGCACUCAAGGCGUUAAAGUCGAAGAACCGCCUCUUGCUCACGGGCACGCCGCUCCAGAACAAUUUGAGCGAACUUUCGAACGUCCUCGGCUUUCUCUCGCCCGAUGCGUCCCAUGAACUCGAGGACGUUCAGAGCUUGUUCUUGUCGGAUGACGCGAAGGCGGAGGCAAACGACAUUAUCUCCAAGCAGGACGUGCUGAACAAUCAUGAAAAGUCCCAAGCGGUCUCGAAGCUGCGCGAGAUCCUUCAGCCGUUCAUGCUCCGCCGCCUCAAGCGCGACGUGCUUACUGACCUGCCGUCCAAGACGGAGAUCGUCGUCUACUGCGCCAUGACGGAGCUCCAAGAACGCUACAACAAGCUCCUUGUGGACCGCGCUCUCAUACCCGAGCUCCAAAAGAUGCACGGCAAGCACAACCCCUCCAUGCGCGCGGAAUCGGCCAAGAACCUCGCCAUGCAGAUGCGCAAGUGCUGCAACCACCCGUUCUUAUUUGACGAGUGUACGAACGCGAACGGCGACAUUGUGACGGACGAGUCGCUCAUCGAGACGUCUGGCAAGAUGAUUGUGCUCGACAAGAUGCUCACGCGUCUUCUCGCGGCGAAGCACAAGGUGCUCAUUUUCAGCCAGAUGACUGCUGUCCUCGACAUCCUCGAAGAUUUCAUGACGCUACGAUCGUACACAUUUUGCCGCCUCGACGGCAAUGUGCACUUUGGCGACCGCCAGCGCUUGAUGGACAUGUUCAACGACCCCAAACGCGAGCUACAGAUCUUUCUGCUCUCGACGCGCGCCGGUGGCGUCGGCAUCAACUUGACGGGCGCGGACACGGUCAUCUUCUACGACUCGGACUGGAACCCGCACGCGGACUGCCAGGCCCAGGACCGCUGCUAUCGCAUCGGGCAGACCAAAGACGUGGCGGUCUACCGCCUCAUUGUCGAAAACUCGUUUGAGAACCGGAUGAUCAAGCGCGCGAACGCCAAGCGCAUGCUGGAACGUGUCGUGCUCAGCGGUGGUGCGUUUUCGUCGCAGAACCUCGAGGAGACAUGUCUCUCGAUGGAGGAACUCAACGAGUUGCUCAAGGAAGACAUUGCAAUCCAAAAGGAAGCGACCGGCGGGAUCACGGACACCGAGCUCGAUACGAUCUGCAACCGCGACGUCGUGGUCGACGCGUUCGUCAACAUGACCAAGACGGGUGUGGCUCCGUCGACCACUGGCUACUACGUUGUCCAGAACGCGGACGUGGCGGGCAUGAAGCUUUAACGCACCAAAUCUAAUGACGUGUGCUUUGCUUGCAUUC